AGUUGGCUCACAAUAAAUGCUCAACAUAGCAAAAUAGGCAAACUUUGCUUCCUAUGCAAAAUAGUAUAUAGUGGAGCCUGAACUGAAGGAGAGAGCAUCACAUGCUUUUGCUGGAUCAGACAGAAGUUAUUAUAUAGAUUUCAAAGCUUGGGAGAUCAUGAGCAUGAGUUUGUUUGCAGUUAAGACAGAAGAUGGCCGAAAAGGUCAAGAUGGGCAGCCAUCAGUUGGUCCAGUGUACCGAAAUCCGCUGGCCAAGGAUGGUUUUCCACCUCUUGAUCCAGAGUUAAGUACAACUUGGGAUGUCUUCAGUGCAUCUGUUAAGAAGUAUCCUGGAAACAGAAUGUUGGGAUGGCGUGAAUUUAUUAAUGGAAAGUGGGGGCCGUAUGUCUGGAAAACAUAUGAAGAUGUCUACAAUGAGGUUUUGCAUGUAGGGGCUGCAUUGAGAGCAUCUGGAAUUGAACCUGGCUCUAGAGUUGGAAUUUAUGGUAUGAAUUGUCCUCAAUGGAUUGUGGCAAUGGAGGCUUGCAGUGCCCACUCUUUGAUUUGUGUGCCUCUGUACGACACACUUGGAUCCAGUGCUGUUGACUAUAUACUGGAUCACGCUGAGAUUGAUAUCGUUUUUGUACAAGAUAAGAAAUUGAAAGAACUGCUUAAACCUGAGUGCACACAUGCGAGACGCCUUAAGUCAAUUAUUUCUUUCUCUUCGUUGAUGGAAUCAGAAAAAGAUGGGGCACUAGCCAUCGGAAUAAAGCCAUACACAUGGAAAGACUUUCUUCUUAUGGGAAGGGAAUCUCCGGCAGCAAUUGUUCCUCCAAAACCAUUCAAUAUAUGUACAAUAAUGUACACUAGUGGCACUAGCGGAGAACCAAAAGGUGUUAUAUUGACUCAUGAAAACAUUUCAACAUACAUAAGAGGAAUUGAUAUCUUUCUGGAACAAUUUGAAGAUAAGAUGACAGUGGAUGAUGUCUAUAUAUCUUUCCUUCCCCUUGCUCACAUACUUGAUCGCAUGAUUGAAGAAUUCUUUUUCUAUAGAGGUGCUUCGGUUGGGUUCUAUCACGGGGAGAUUGAUGCAUUGAAAGACGAUUUGCUGGAGUUGAAGCCUACGUUCCUGGCUGCAGUACCUAGAGUCCUGGAAAGAAUGCAUGAAGGUAUCCUGAAAGUCGUGGAGGAUCUUAACCCAAGGAGGAGGAAGAUUUUCAGUAUUCUCUACAAAUACAAACUCAAGUGGAUGAAGUUAGGGUAUAAACAUAGAGAUGCAUCACCUGUGGCUGAUCUACUGGCCUUCAGAAAGGUGAGUGCUGGAUUAGGUGGUAGGCUUCGCCUAAUAGUAUCGGGAAGUGCUCCAUUAAGCAAUGAGAUUGAAGAAUUUAUGCGAGUUACUUCACGUGCCUUUGUAGUGCAAGGCUAUGGCUUAACAGAGACUUGUGGUUUAGCAAGUAUUGGUUAUCCAGAUGAGAUGUGCAUGAUCGGAACUGUUGGUUCAGCAUUUGUCUAUAGCGAGUUGCGUCUGGAGGAGGUUCCAGAUAUGGGUUACGAUCCACUUGCAGAUCCUCCCCGUGGGGAAGUAUGUGUGAGGGCAAGAUCAAAAUUUGCUGGUUACUACAAGAAUCAAGAAUUAACAAAUGAAAGCAUGAAAGAUGGAUGGUUUCACACAGGUGACAUAGGCGAAAUGCUACCAAAUGGAGUCAUAAAAAUAAUUGACAGGAAGAAGAACUUGAUUAAACUAUCUCAAGGAGAGUAUGUCGCAAUUGAACAUCUUGAAAAAGUUUACUGCAUCACUCCCAUUGUUGAAGAUAUAUGGGUAUAUGGAGACAGCUUCAAGUCAGCAGUAGUGGCUGUAGUCGUGCCACACAAAGGAAACACCGAGAGGUGGGCACAGCAGAAUGGGCACAAAGGUUCCUUCUCUCAACUAUGCUCCCUAAAGGACUUAACAGAGUCUGUUCUGCAAGAGCUUAAAUCCACAGCUGAAAGAAACAAGUUGAGAGGUUUUGAAUAUAUCAAAGGUGUACAUUUGGUGCCCGAGCCCUUUGAAGCGGAACAUGACCUGGUGACUCCAACUCUAAAGAAGAAAAGAGAUAAAAUGCUCAUAUGUUACAAGGUGCAAAUUGAUGAACUCUACCAAAAGCUUCAGAAAGGGAAGCACUGAGCAACUGACCAUCUUGUUGUCCCAAGUCAGUCCAGUAGUCACAGGAGUCAAUUUGGUAAUAAUCUUUGCUGGUGCUACUAGUUAUACUAAUUUUGUUGUAUAUUUUGAAUUCAAUGCAACUGAACAAACCUUCAGCUAGUUUGUAGUCCAGUGCUGCUGUAAUAUUAUCCGAAAAGUUUUCUCUUGUAAUAUAUACUAUGCAAUAUUUCAAAUUUUUAAUCACCGGCACAUUUCUAAUA